AGCCCAGAGAAGAAGAGCCUCCAGCGGGAGAGACGACUCAGAUUUAUCGCUCAAGCUGCUGGAAGUUUCAGACGUUUUGUUGGACUAUACCUGGACAUAACACAAGACGUUUCAGCAAAUAUAUAUAUAUUUUUUUUAAAAUAAAACCACAGUUAAGCUACUUUGUUUAAAGUUUUUCUCAUUUUGGACCUGAAAGUACAGCCAUGCUCAGCCUGUGCCUCGUGUUGAUUUUAUCCGCCUCCGUGUUUUCAGAGUCGGUGAGGGAGACGGAGACGUGGAUGCCCAUGAAGACGGUCGCCGUGACGACGCACCACGGCGACCUGGAGUCAUCGGGAGACUCCAACGGUUCGGACUUCGUCUUCCCGGACGACAGCGAAGACGACGAGGACGACGAAGACGACGCAAUGACGGAUUAUUUCUCUGGGUCUGGUGACGAAGCAACCGAGUCUCCUGAUCCAUAUUUCAGGCUUUCAGCCAAGCCCGACGUGAACGAUAACAUGAUCCCGGACCUGGAGCGCCCGGUCCGGCCGACGGUGGACGAGGUGGACUUGGUCCGACAGAGCAACGAGAUCCCGUUGGUGAGGAAGGAGCCCAGCGAGGACUACCCGUCCAACGUCUUCAUGUCCCACGCCGGGGACGACAGCAUCCUCAACAACACCAAGGUCCUCGCAGCUCUGAUCGCGGGCGGCGCCGUCGGCCUCCUCUUCGCCGUCCUCCUCAUCCUGCUGCUCAUCUACCGCAUGAAGAAGAAGGACGAGGGCAGCUACGAGCUGGGGAAGAAGCCCAUCUACAAGAAAGCCCCCACCACCGAGAUCUACGCAUAGACCCUGAACUCACCGCCCCCCCGCCCCCCAGACCACACACCUCACUCAUCCUCCUUAAAAACAACCAAUCAGGCCUCACGCUGCCUCUUCUUCAUCCUCACCAUCCUCCUCAUCCUCCUCCAGCUGAAUCAGGAGAGAAGAACGCUGCUGCUGCUCUCUCGACCAAUCAGAGGCUUUGUUUUGGUGGGACCAGGAAGUGGACUUCCGGCCGCGGUACUCCGUGAUCUCACGUUUGUUUGUCUUGUUUUUAUUACUUUGCUUCACGAGAGAGAAAAAGAAAAGAAAAAUGCGACGAAGCGGACUCACGUUCUCCUCCGGUUAGAAACACUAAUGGUACACGUUAUUUAUUCUUCCUCUCCGUCUGCUCACGUUACUGUAGCCACGACUUCCACGAAUGUUUUUAUCUCAUGAAAGAAAGAACUGAUGCUAAUUAUUAACAAGCUGGUGUUAAUUUUUAAUGUUUCUGCAGCGAUGAUUCAGUUCAUGUCGUGUAAACUUUCAUUAAAAUGACCUUAAAGGCCUCUUUUUUUUUUUUUUAUUUCCUCUAAACCUUCCAACAUGUUUAGUUUCUCGUCAUGUGGGAAAAGUUCAGUCUGAGGCGAAGCAGCAGAGACGUAAAGAGACGUAAAGAGACGUAAAGAGACGUAAAGAGACGUAAAGAGACGUAAAGAAGCUGAAUUAAUGUAGGAGUUUUACUGCUGUAUCAUCAUCGUCACCACCGCGGUGCCUUCAGGGUUCAUUCUUACCGACACCUACAAACCUCCAGCUAGCUUAGCUUAGCAUCAAGCGUCCCAGCUCUUUUAGCUUCGGUUUCCAUCCAAACUUUAGUUUGAAUUUUAUUCCAGAUUUAAGAGAAAGAUAAAGAAAGUGAACAGAUGAAGUUCCUGUUUCUAGGAUAAAGUUUUGAUAUUUGAAGAUGCGUUUCUUCGCUGCUGACGCAGAAACUUUCUGGUUGCAGCCAAAGAACAUUUCAGUCUCUGAGCUGAGCUAAGCUAUGCUAAGCUACGCUAACUUUAGCCUCCGUUUUAUUCCUUUCAUCUGAAACCACAUUUGCCAAAAUCCUGUUGGAACAACAACACGUUGUUUUAAGCUGAGAAGAAUCUGCUCAUACGUUUGUUUCUCUGUUGUUUUGUUUUGUUCUGGUUGGAUGUUUUUUCUCAAUAAGCUACAAGGACUCGUUUAAUAUUUCUGUUCAGUCUGAGCCUCGACGCUCACGUUACUUAGCACACGGUCGACCAAGGACAUGUAAAUAGUCACUAGAUUAAAAAAAAAAAUAAAAAACAAAAAAAAAAAGCAGAUAUUAAGUUGGUACUUAGCCGCAUCCUGGAAACACAAAUAUCUACCAAAUAUUUAAAAGCCAAAUUCCUGUUUUUAGCCUCUGUAACAUUGAUGAUGUGAUUUUACUGUAAAUGAGUCUUGAUGCUACCAGUGCUAAUACUAACUCACCUCCUCGCAGUAGAUCAACCUCUUCCCUUUUAUUUUUAUGAUCAUUUUGUAUUAAUUUAACUGUCAGAUUAUUUUAUUGCCUUCUUUCAGGUUUGGGGUGUUUCGCCCGUUUUAAGCUGUUGUAUAUGUGAUUUUAAAAGUUUUAUAUACACUAGUUUGAGAUUUUCAGAGGCAAAUAGUUUUGAAACUUUUUAUUUUGUAAGAGUUUCUAUUAUCUUUUAGACCAUUUUCUUUUUGUAUUUAUGUAUUUUGUUGUUGUAUUCUUGUGUGUAGAAGGAAGGAUUGUGUGGUUGGUGUUCAUCUCGUUUUUCUGGGGACGUUGUCCGAUGACCUCGGGUCGAUUAUUAGAGGCUCCGUUCUCUUUUUGCCUUUUCUUUUUGUCUCCACACGUUUCCCCCGAAGUGUAUUUUGUAAAAACAAGGUCCAGCCGCCGCCUUUAACUCAUAGAAACCAAAAACGACCAAGAAAGUUGAGCCUCCACCUGUGACGUGGUCGGAGUGAAGCUGAAAGGAACUGGUGGUCGGACCCGGGUCUGGACCAUGAACCUGAGAAACGGAGGAUGUUCUGCUGCUUAAUGCCACAAACACAUCGUGUGAAUCACCAGUGGAGCGGAGAAGCCAAUGAAUCAUUGGGCUCCUCCUGCAGGUUCUGAUUUAUUAUUGGAAAUAAAGCUAUUUUUAUGCACAUUAACAUUUUAAAA